AUGUUGGAUAAAUUUGUAGCAUUUGAAUACGUUGGAUGUUAUCAAUCAGAUGUUAGAACUCAAUGUUUUGGAAAAAGAAAAACGUAAGUUCAGCUCAAAUUCAAAUCAAAAAUAAAAAAAAAUUCAAGUUUCAAUGUUGAAAUAAAUAUUGGUGCUCCAUUUCUACACACUGAUUUGAUUCCUGAAAAAUUGAAUUCUGUCAAAAAAUUGGAAGAGGAAGAUAUUUUGGAUAUAACUGCAUAUAGAAAUGAAAAAUAUGUGGAUGAUGGAUCAAAUGAAAAACUCGAAUCAAUUCUUCAGUUUAUCGAAAAAAUGGAAUCAGAUGAAAAGAACUUGAAGAUGGUAUUUUUGAAAUAACUGGAAACGGAAAAAAAAGUAUUUUUAUUUUCAGAGAAUCAAAAGUGAUAUAAUUUGCAACCGUGGUCUUCUUUAUAAAUUAGGAUGUAUGGGUAAUUUGAAAUUACGAGCUGUUCGAAGAAAAAAUGUUAUUUUUAUGUGCUUAGAAAGUAAAAAAGAUACGGCCAGGUUUGUGAAAAAAGUCAAAAAUAAAAAUAACAAUAUUUUUUGAAGAGAUACGAUACAUUCUCAUAGUGCUCUGAAGUUUGAAAAAAUGAUAACGGAUGAUGAAACUUUCAUGGUAAAAUUAUAAAAUCCAAUUAUUUUGAGCAAAAAUAAUAAUUUAGAAAACUUCGAGAAAUUUCAAAAAUUUACGCUCUGGAUUAAGAAGAAAAAUAGUUCAAAGAAUGUCAUUUGAUUCGGCUACAGUACUUUCUUCAGCUGAAAUUGAUGCGAGAGAUAAAGGUUCGAUUUUCAAAAUUAUUCUAAAAUUAAUUGCAAAAUUACAGAUGGAAACAGUGUAGAGAUUAAGUUGGUUUGGAAAGAUUUAACAGAAGAUUGGUACGAAAAAAAAUCUUUAAAAGUUUAUCUUCAAUGUUAUAUGGCAAAUACAAAACAACUUUUGAUUGGAAAAAUAAAACAACGAGAAAAAUUUCAAUUUGUUGUUGAUGAAGUUGGUUGUAACUAAAAAAAUCAAACCUGAAUUUAUAUUUUCAGAUUGCACUUAUUGAUCGUGAUGAAAUUAUCCAUGAUAUCAAUUUUGUUGAAGAAUGUCUUAAACGUGUAUCUGAAAAACUUGAAACUGUCAGAAAUUUAUUGACCAAAAAUGAUCAAGCUAUUUAUGUGAGACAAAUUGGAAUCAAUGAUUUUGACCAUGAAUAUAUUGAUGCAGACGAUUGUGAAUUUGUUCCACAAAGUUUCUUAGACAAAUUUGAUUAA